AAUUCAUUAAAGGCAUUGGUGCGAGCGUGUUUCGUAAUUCCAAAAAGCACUUUGCGGUGGAAAUGAUAAAAGUGAGCAAGAUCUAUGGCCCACUGUUUACCCUAUGGGUCGGACCAUUGCCUUUCGUGUUUAUAUGCGACCUGGAUAUAGCUCGCGAGUCGUUCAACAAGAUUGAUUUUACCGGACGCCCUCUUUCACAAUUUGGUAGUAACAUAUUUUGUAAUGAGAGGCAUAAAGACGUUGUUUACAACGAUUACAGUAAGAGUUGGGAAAGUCUACGAAAAGUAUCGCAUACAGCAAUACAUAUGUAUUGGUCAGAUCAGCGUCAGAUCAAUUUUAUUGCUAUAAAGUAUGCCAAAACGAAGGCCUUGUCUGAAUUGGUGGACGAAAACGUGUGUCAAAUGGUGCGACGGAUUAUAGACGAUAAUGAGGGUAUGGGUCGACCGUUUUCGCUGCACGACUCCAUAUUGGACAGUGAACAGGCUGAAUUGAAAAUGGUUAAAUAUAUCACGUCUGGCUUUCAAACUGAUCUUGGAAACACAUUAUUUCUAUACGAGUUUAUACCGGUGUUGCGCUACUUUAUGGUCAACCCUUUGAUCAAAUAUAAGCGAUAUUUUAAUCUUCUCAUGAAUUAUACGCGAAAUAUAUACCAAAAACACGACCAAACAUAUGAUGCGAAUUGUUUGCGAGACUUUUGCGAUAUACUUAUCGCCGCCAAACACGAGGCCAUAGCCGAUGACAAACGAACGGCACCCUAUUUUACCGAUGAUAACCUGCCCGCCGUACUCAUUGAUCUGUUUAUAGUUGGAGACAGU